UAUAGGAAAAUCUUUUUUCUGUUCUGCUUUAGCUUCAAUUCCACACUGUUAGAAUAUUCCCUCUUUCUAUCUGUUCUCAAAAGGUAUAGUUCAAAAUUGAUUGACUUGUGUGCAGUGUUGGAAAAGAUGAAUGGUGCUGUUUUAGUUGCGCUUGCCGCAACCAUUGGAAAUUUUUUGCAGGGUUGGGAUAAUGCUACUAUUGCUGGAGCUGUUGUAUACAUAAAGAAGGAACUUACUUUGGAUGCUUCAGUGGAAGGACUUGUUGUUGCUAUGUCACUCAUUGGAGCGACGCUUGUCACAACUUGUUCUGGACCCAUAUCUGACAGCUUUGGUCGUCGCCCUAUGCUUAUUCUGUCAUCCAUGUUUUAUUUCCUCAGUGGCUUAAUAAUGUUGUGGUCACCUAAUGUCUAUGUUCUGCUUAUAGCUAGACUCUUAGAUGGGUUUGGGAUCGGAUUAGCAGUUACACUGGUCCCAUUAUAUAUAUCUGAGACUGCUCCAUCGGAAAUAAGAGGGUCACUUAAUACACUUCCGCAGUUCACUGGUUCUGGUGGAAUGUUCUUGGCCUACUGCAUGAUUUUUGGAAUGUCCUUGAUGACCUCGCCGAGUUGGCGACUGAUGUUGGGUGUUCUUUCAGUUCCUUCUCUUAUCUAUUUCGUAUUAACUGUACUUUAUUUGCCUGAAUCUCCUCGAUGGCUAGUCAGUAAAGGAAGAAUGCUUGAGGCAAAACAAGUUUUGCAGAAAUUGCGUGGCAUGGAGGAUGUUUCAGGGGAGAUGGCAUUGCUAGUUGAAAGUUCAGCAGUUGGUGGUGAACCAUAAAUAGAAGAGUAUAUCAUUGGUCCACCACAUGACUACAUAAACAUGUCUCAAUAUGCUAUACCAAAUCAGAUCUGUACACAAUAUGUAGUUGUUCUACCAACAUAUGCUGCCACUCGUGUUCCCUGGCUCCUUCCUUGUUGGUUUUAUUUAUUUGGGGUUAAUAAAGCUCUCUUUUU